AUACAUCAGAUUCAGAGGGUAGUGGGAACUAAAAGAAGGGGAAAAAAUACGUGAAAAGUUCAUGAGGCUUUAUUUUUUUCAGUCAGGAAAAAUAAAAUAAAAUAAAAAUAUAAAAUUGUUUUUUAAAAAAAGGGAGGACAAUGCGGCAUCAUGGUUCCAUUCCCUUCCCCGCCCCACUACAAUUGACUGGUCUUCGAAGGCCGGUAAUAUAUCGCAUUUCUGCCCCGGACCCUCCACCUCUCACACCACCACAAAUCUGCAACUCAAACCCACUUCUCUUUCCACGCUGGUCCCUGCCAUCAUUAAGCACUGAAGUUCAGGGUUACUUCUCAAAACCAGUCAGCCUUUUUUGUUUUGCCUACCAUCUGUUUGCUGAAAUGCCUUAAUGAACCCAGAAUCCAUUUUGAUUAAGGAGAGAUCAGGGACUAUUUUGAUUACUUGCUACCUGUUUGUGACUGGGACAGGUGCGUGCUUGUUAAUUUACGGGAACCCGCAUCCUACCGGUUCUUUGGCUAUAAAAAUGGCACUAGCGACAAAACUUGUUCACACUACAAAGGAACAUUUGAAUUCAUUGUCUAGGUGGACGCUUGAUGAGAGAGUUGAAAGCUUAGUUGACCGAACUUGUUUCAGUACAUUUAGGGGAGCUAAAUUCCCCAUGACAUGUCAUCUUCCUCUGCUUAAUAGUUUACUUAGGUUAUAUGACGUUGAUAUGCAUUUUUUUGAUUUUGGUAACUUUAAAUUAUUAUUUAGUUUAGAAGAUAUAUUGAUGAUUACUGGUCUUCCCAUAGAUGGGAAACCAGUAACGGGGGAGGAUAAGGAUCCACAGGCAGUGUGUGAAGCCUACUUGGGUAUGAGUGAUGGUGCAUUUAUCGGAAAAAAUAAAACUAUAGCCAUCCAAUGGUUAAAAACCCGAUUUGAGGUAGUUCCUGCAGAUGCAGAUGAUCAUCAGUUACUGAUUCAUGCUAGGGCAUAUAUUUUGUAUACAAUUGGUGUUUCUAUUUUUGCUGAACCAACACCGUCAUAUGUGCCGGCUUAUUAUUUGCCUCUCCUCAAUGACAUCCAAGAGAUUAAUUCGUAUGCAUGGGGGGCAGCCCUUUAUGCGCACUUGCAUGUGCAUUUAAAAAAGUGCAAGACCAGAGAGCAAGUCAAUAUUUCUGGUUUCGUUACUCCUCUCAUCUAUUUUGCAGUUGAAAGAAUCCCCAAGGCCUUGAGAUUUUUGAUGACCGGUGCAGUGAAUGGGGGGACAGAUGAAGACUUGAAUAGUUGGCUGCCGAUGCAAGCACCACUAUUUGUUGGGUGGUCCUAUACCUUGCAUGAAGCCAUUGCAAGGAAGAAAAAUAAAAUCCGAUUCGAGAAUUACAACGAGGAUAUUUUUCCAAAACUAAGCGAAGAUGAUAUCAUUUGGCAGCCUUAUCUAAGGCUGAAUAGAGAAGCAGUUCCAGGUUGGUUUCAAAGUCAACUGAAAAUGACUUUGACAAGUACAACAACCUUGUGCUUUGAAAAAGCUGCUGUUCAUCGGCCACAGUUGGUGCCCGGGCAGUAUGGCCUUCCUGAAGAUGGAUUCAAUGAUUUGAAGAUUGGUCGUUUUAAUCUAAAAGUAAAAGAGCGCAAGGGCGUAAGGGACUAUGUUUGGGAAAGUCACGGCAAAUAUGUGACCUAUAAUGCUGAUUGGGAUGCAAGAGCCGAAAAUCUUAUCAGCAUUGAUCCACCAUUGUUGCUCCAACAUUUGUUCCCCGUUACCACACCACCUGAGCAGCCCACUAGAGCACAACCUGACACAGCAUUCAACAACCAGCCAAUCAUGGAGGAGAAUGCUAAUGACUUGACCAUGCCUUCGCCAAGUGACAAUAACAAUAACAUGGACUAUGUUUCGGAAAGUCACGGUAGAUAUGCGACCUAUAAUGCUGAUUGGGAUGCAAGAGCCGAAGCUGAAACUGAGCAGCACACUAGCACACAACCUGACACAGGUAUUAGUCUAGAUGGUGCUCGUGCUAAGAUGUUAUUUGUAGAGGUUGGUGGUGAUGGGGUUGGUGGUGAAGAUAAUCUAGGUAAAGUUCCACAGUGGGGUAGAUUUACUGGAAGGAGGCUGAGAAAGGAAAUUCAAAAGCGACCAACAUAUCCCAGUUCACCACCUCGACAAAAGAAGGGGAAAAAGAUGAUUAUGGACUCGAUGGCACAAGUGGAGGGUCCUGCUGAAAUAGCUUCAGAAGACCCCUCUCAAGUUUCACAGCUCGGAGGUGAAGAAAACUUGCUGCCACCAGUGUAUCAUUUCCCUGAAAGUGCCUCCUCUAAAAAGAAGCUUCUUGUGCUUGAUGUCAAUGGCAUUCUUGCUGACAUCGUUUCUCAUUCUUCGAAGAAAAACUAUAUAAAGAUAGUCGGCCAAAAAAUGGUGUUCAUGAGACCCUCUUGUGCUGAGUUUCUCAAAUUCUGCUUUGCAACAUUUGAGAUAGGAGUUUGGUCAAGUAGAAAAUGGCAUAAUUUGUCGUCAGUUAUCGAUGCUCUUUUUGAUAAAAAGUCUAAAGGGAAGUUGCUUUUCAUUUUUGAUCAAACUCAUUGUACAGACAAUGGAUUGAAAACAUUAAAGAAUGAGGAUAAACCACUCUUUUUAAAAGAGAUAAAAGUAGUGUGGAAUGCUUUUGAGGAAUACAAUGCCACCAACACCUUGUUGGUUGAUGAUUCACCAUAUAAAGCGCUAAAGAAUCCAGCACAUACAUCUAUAUUUCCAAAGUCGUACAACCAUAUGGAUGCUAACGAUUUUUCGUUAGGCGAUAAUGGUGAUCUUCGGAUGUAUUUAAAAGAUUUAGCCAAUGCUCCAAAUGUACAAGACUAUGUACGACAACAUCCAUUUGGGCAACCGGCAAUAACCAGGGCAGACAAGAAUUGGAAUUUUUAUAGUCAUAAAAUUUUGGCGGACUCAACAUAUGGACAGAAGAAUGAAAAAGAUGCAAUAGGGCAAGCCUGAUUCACAACUUCCUCAAUGAUGGGAAAUAUUCUUAUUUUUGUUAGUUAUUCACUGUAAAUAUGCAAUAUUCAUAUGUAAGGGUGACUAUCGAUCACUUACAAAAUGGACAAGUAUGUGUAAUGAUCGAUAUAAACUUGUUUUCAUGUGUAAAGGUGACUAUCGAUCACUUACAAAAUGGACAUGUAUGUGUAAUGAUCGAUAUAAACUUGUACACAAUCAAUCAUAAAUAAGUACCUCAUCGAUGACGGCGUCGAA